UAAUAUUAAAAAGCAUAUGGACGUAAUUAAAUUACCAUGACACUCACUCGCUCAAACACCAAGGGAGCAGCACAGAGGCUGCUGCAGGGCGACAGCAGCAGCACCGGGGCAUGUGUAGGGUUGCGAGCCCUUGAGUGUAAUUCCGUGUGGGAGGAGGAUGGGUGUGUUCGAGUGUAAUCUUUCCUUUUCUCUUUACGCGCUCUGCUGUGCACACAGACUGAAGACAAAGCGCAGAGAGGAGUCCACCUCUCCUCUCCAUGUGAUGUGCAGCCAGUCGGUCAGGGCGCAACAGUAAUCUCAGAUACUGUCCACGCAUUUACAUUUUUUUUUAAAAGAUUUUACUUACGCUGCAUGGACAGUUAACCAAGUGCGCCAAGUGCUUUUUCCGCGGGUGUCCACUCACUUAGUGCUCCCCCUCCCAUCUCUCCUGCUUCAACAUUUGUGAAGUGGCUGCCUCACCCGCUCGGACCGGAGGCCGUCCGGUCUCUGAUCUGGUUUCUGGAGUCACCGGAGACUCGACGCGCUCCGUCAGGGCCAGGGUGUGCGGCUCCCGGAUCACACCCGAGCCACCCCGAGCUCUGGCGAUGGAGAUGAUAGAGGGAGACGUUAUGGACAAACUAGACGACAUGUCAUCGGUGUACGACUUCGACCCGAUCACCGGCAACAUCCCAGCCACCAAAGUAGAAAUCACCGUGUCCUGCAGAAAUCUGCUGGAUAAAGACACAUUCUCUAAGUCAGAUCCUUUAUGCGUGCUCUAUACACAAGGUGUUGAAACCAAACAGUGGCGAGAGUUUGGCAGAACGGAGGUGAUAGAUAACACCCUAAACCCAGACUUUGUUCGAAAGUACAUCUUGGACUACUUUUUCGAGGAGAAGCAGAACCUUCGCUUUGACUUGUAUGAUGUCGACUCCAAAAGCCCAGACCUGUCCAAACAUCCUGCAGAACUCAACGACUUUUUGGGUCAGAUGUUUUGUACUCUUGGGGAGAUUGUGGGAUCACCAGCCAGUCGACUGGAGAAACCACUGGGAGGGAUCCAAGGGAAGAAAUGCGGCACUAUCGUCUUGUCCGCAGAGGAGCUGAGCAAUUGUCGAGAUAGCGCCACUAUGCAGUUCUGUGCCAACAAGCUGGACAAGAAGGACUUCUUUGGCAAGUCAGACCCUUUCAUGGUUUUCUACAGAAGCAACGAAGAUGGAACGUUUACUAUCUGCCAUAAAACAGAGGUGGUGAAGAACACAUUAAAUCCAGUGUGGCAGCCUUUCACUAUCCCAGUACGAGCGCUCUGCAAUGGAGACUUCGACAGAACAAUCAAGGUGGAAGUGUACGAUUGGGAUAGGGAUGGCAGCCAUGAUUUCAUUGGGGAUUUUACGACCAGCUACAGAGAGCUAGCUCGAGGGCAGAGCCAGUUCAAUGUGUACGAGGUGAUUAAUACCAAAAAGAAAAUGAAGAAAAAGAAAUAUGUCAACUCUGGGACAGUGACCCUGCUCUCGUUCUCAGUGGAGUCAGAGUUCACAUUCUUAGAUUACAUCAAAGGAGGGACGCAGAUCAAUUUUACUGUUGCCAUCGAUUUCACAGCGUCUAAUGGUAACCCGUCCCAGUCCACUUCGCUACACUACAUGAAUCCCUACCAGCUGAACGCUUACGCUAUGGCCCUGAAGGCUGUUGGGGAGAUCAUUCAGGACUAUGACAGUGACAAGAUGUUCCCUGCUUUGGGCUUUGGAGCCAAACUGCCCCCUGAUGGACGGGUUUCGCAUGAGUUUCCACUGAAUGGAAACCUGGAAAAUCCAUACUGCAAUGGUAUUGAGGGCAUCUUAGAGGCAUACCACCAGAGUCUGAAGACAGUGCAGCUGUACGGGCCAACUAACUUUGCUCCUGUGGUGAACCAUGUUGCCAGGUAUUCAGCUGCAGUGCAGGACGGCUCUCAGUACUUUGUGCUUCUCAUCAUCACAGACGGCGUCAUUUCUGACAUGGCCCAGACCAAAGAGGCCAUUGUUAAUGCUGCCAAACUUCCCAUGUCCAUCAUCAUAGUUGGAGUGGGUCAGGCUGAAUUUGACGCUAUGGUGGAGCUGGAUGGUGAUGACAUCAGAAUCUCGUCCCGGGGGAAAUUGGCAGAGAGAGACAUUGUUCAGUUUGUUCCCUUCAGAGAUUACAUGGACCGGACAGGCAACCAUGUGUUAAGCAUGGCUCGGCUUGCUAAAGAUGUGCUAGCAGAAAUCCCCGACCAGUUCAUCUCUUACAUGAAGAGCCGGGGGAUAAAACCCAACCCAGCACCACCUCCCUACACACCGCCUGGACACACACACCACCACACACUGAUCUGAGGCCGUCCUCCUGGCUUUUAACUGAGGACUGACAGCAUGCAGCAGCCACUCAGAGUCCAGUGGGAACUCUUUUCCUCCUGUUUGUUGGUACAAACAGGAGCCGAGACGCCAGGAAAUGGGUGUUGAAUUUUGUGCCGUAAUCUCCUAGUGACUAUAGGAGCAGCAGUUUUUUGGUUUGUUUAUCUUUGAUUUAUUAAUUAUGAAUUACUUUUGGAUGAUUUUCCUUAAAGAGAGGCUCAAACUUUCCAGGACUUGGUGAAAGCCUUUUAACCCCACACCAAGGCAUUGACUGUUUUACGUCUAAUUUGACAGCAGGUUGGUUCAAAAGAUCAUGUUGUGGUUAAAAUUUGUGCCUGUCUGUGGUUGUUUCUCUCAUUGUACCAGGACAUGUGAACUUUGACCUAAGCCUUGUUCGUCAGUCAUUGGUGUGGCCUAAUGCAGUGAUAUUUUUAGGCACCUUUUCCAUUCUGGAAUUAGUUUUUAUAUUGGGGAAUUAUCUACAUUUCUGCUAAUCCAUCAGUUAUGAUGAAGAAAAAACUACAGGUAUGU